GAUAAUAGUAAACAAAACCCUCCCGGUGGCUGGUGUGACAUAAGUUUUCAAGUAAUUUUUAGUUUGUAACUUUAAAAUUAAGCCGCAUAUUCAAUAAUUUUGUUAUUAACUCGCAAUGGCUAUGAGUAACAAAAUGUACAACGUGAGUAGGAAGUUAUUAUCGGCGACCAGCUUACCGCAGGCAUCAAGAUUUUUCUCGGCCACCUCUAAAUUGCAGAGCGCUGCCAGCAGUUUAUUCGCCGAAGAACAGAUUCGUCAGAGGGAUAUGGUUGGUCGCAUAGAGAAAAUCGAGAUCCGUUACCUCGGAACGCCCAAAGACACAACCCUGGUGAUGAAUCGGGGACUUUCUACUCCACUCGAUUGCGCUAAACAUAUUGGUGAAAAAUACUGCCGAUUCUCCGCUCUGGCCCUUCUCGAUAACAACACUCCGUGGGAUAUGCGAAGACCAUUGGAAGAACCCUGCACGAUUCAACUGCUGAACUUCACUUCGGCAGAUCCGCAUCUGGUGAACAAGGCAUUCUGGAGAACUUGUUCAUUCCUUCUUGGAGCGGUUCUGCACAAAAGCUUCAAGGAUGAAGCAGGCCUGUUCUUGCACAGUUUCCCCAAACCAAAUGUGAAAACGGGUAGCUUUGUCCACGAUAUUGCCUUAUCCAAAAACGGAUGGAAGCCAACGAUCCAAGAGCUACGUGCUUUGUCGAUUGAGAUGGUUAAACUAGCCCAGCAGGACCUUCCCAUCGAACGUUUGGAUGUAAACAGCGAGUUAGCUCAGCAGAUGUUCAGCGACAACCCGUACAAGCGUGAGCAGAUUCCAAGUAUAUCCAGCCAGAACAAUGGGUUGAUCACGGUUUACCGAGUGGGAGAUCACGUUGACAUCAGUAAAGGACCCAUGGUCAGCUCCACCGGAUUGCUUGGAAAAUGUACAAUUGCCGCCAUACACGAAAUUCCCAAGUCAAGCAAGGAUCAACUGUCGCUCUACAGGGUACAGGGCGUGGCGCUGCCUAUUGGGUUAAACUUGAAUCAUUUCGCCUACGGUAUUCUGGAAGAUCGCGCGAAAAAACUGAAUCCUGCAAAACUACCAAAUGAGCCUUAUGAAGAGGUUGCAUCAGAACAGGUGGCGUAAGAAGUAAUGUUCUAUCAUUUUACUUUGUUCCAAUAAUAGAGUCAAAACGGAAAA